CUAUUUGCAGACACCAUCAUGCCAAAUAAGACAUCUAUCACAGAAUUUAUUCUUCUGGGACUUACAGAUGACCCAAAGUUACAAACUGUGAUAUUUUCUUUUUUGCUGGUAACAUACCUACUGAGUGUUAGUGGAAACAUGACCAUCAUUACAUUGACUCUGUCAAAUGUUCACUUGAAAACUCCCAUGUAUUUCUUUCUCAGGAAUUUCUCUUUCUUGGAAAUCUCUUUUACAACAGUCUGCAUUCCAAGAUUUCUGAUCAGCAUUGCUACAGGGAACACAGCUAUUUCCUACAAUGCUUGCAUGGCCCAAGUGUUUUUUUUGAUUCUUCUGGGAGCAACAGAAUUUUUUCUACUGGCUGCAAUGUCCUAUGAUCGUUAUGUGGCCAUCUGCAAACCUCUGCACUACACAACUAUCAUUAGCAGCAAAGUCUGCAAUCAACUUGUAAUUGCCUCCUGGUCAGCUGGUUUCCUCAUCGUUUUUCCCCCAGUGAUCAUGGGCCUUCAGCUGGAAUUCUGUGACUCUAACAUCAUCGAUCACUUCACCUGUGACUCUUCUCCCAUGCUGCAGAUUGCUUGCACAGAUACAAAGGUUUUAGAGCUGAUGGCAUUUUUCUUAGCAGUAUUCACUCUCAUAGUAACUUUGGCCUUGGUGAUUCUCUCCUACACACUCAUCCUUAGAACAAUUCUGAAGAUACCCUCUGCACAGCAAAGGAAAAGGGCCUUUUCCACUUGUUCCUCCCACAUGAUUGUGGUUUCCAUUUCAUAUGGAAGCUGCAUUUUUAUGUAUGUAAAAACAUCUGCUAAAGAAGGUGUGGCACUAAGUAAAGGGGUGGCUGUGCUCAACACCUCUGUAGCUCCCAUGCUGAAUCCCUUCAUUUACACCCUAAGGAACCAGCAGGUCAAGCAGGCAUUCAAGGACCUCACCAAAAAAUUACUACCGUCAAAGGAGGGCUGA